CGAAUUUGGGGACGACUAGAUCACUUUAGUGGUUGUUGGCAAGUUUUUGCCUAUUGGGUCUGUUCAGUUUACAACAUUAUGUUUAUUGGGGACUCCUAGCAAAUUGAAGUUUUUACAUGUGAGCAUGAGAAAUCUACUAAUCGUGAUAGUAUAUUUGCGCAUAGCAAUCGUAACAGCACAGGACAUCUUCGGAUUCGGUGAUGACGAUGAGGGUCCCUGUGGUCGCUGGAAACCGGGCGAUGUGGAUCUUCGCUCGUUCGACUUGAUCCGGGAGUUCCACUUGGAUCAGUUCGAGCGCAGUGGGGGACAUGUUUACCGCAUCCAAGGUACAAACAACUUGCAGACGGCUUAUCGGUUGGAGAACCAAGCUAAUUUGACUAUGCGGUCAAUCGAUGCAUUUCCUCGUGGUUUGCCGCAUCAGUUUUCGUUGGAGUGCACCUACCGGACGGAAGCAGAACCUGUGUCUUCGUGGCACCUGUUCGAGGUGACCAAUGAGUACUACGAGAGUCAGCUGGCAGUAACGAUGAAUCCGGGACGGCAGACGCUGGAAAUUGGUUUACCGGGUGCAGAGGGAGAACUUCAGGUCAUAGAGUAUCAUCACUCAUCGCUCUUCGAUCAACGUUGGCACAAGAUUAUGCUAGGCGUAACGAACGACUUCCUAAGCCUGUGGGUCGAUUGUAAACCGGUUAAGGAUGUCGACGGGAAUCUAAACGCACCGUUGGAGCCACGCACUCGGUUUGACACAGACAAUGGUUUUGUGUCGAUUUCGCGAUUUGCCGAAACGUCGGUAAUGGAACCAGAAUCUCCGGUCGUAGAUUUGCAGUGGAUGGUGAUGAAUUGCGAUCCAACCAGGCCUGCCCGAGGCACAUGCGAUGAACUGCCAUUGUACGAUGUGGCCCAUGUGGACAAUCGGCUUCCGUAUGGUCCGGAACCCGACUGCAAAGCCAUUUGUCCACCGGGGUACAACGGUACUGAUGGAGCUCCCGGAAUUCCUGGUAUGCCCGGUGAGAAAGGAGCUAAAGGUGAACCAGGUUUCAACGGUAGACGAGGCCCACCUGGACCUCGAGGCUUAGAAGGUCCAGCAGGAAUUUCGAUUAAAGGUGAAAAAGGAGAAGUGGGUGCAAUGGGUUUGAAAGGCGAGCCAGGUGUCGCAGCUGGAGCGGCUGCGACUGUCAUUGGUCCUCCUGGCCUGCCAGGUCCACAAGGACUUUCAGGAAUUGGAGUCAAAGGUGAAAAAGGUGAGCGGGGGUUGGUUGGAUUGACGGGACUGCGGGGUGAGUCCAUACCGGGACCACCUGGUCAGAGAGGACUUCCCGGUCCUCCCGGGAUAGGGCAACGAGGAGAAAAGGGUGAGCGCGGUGAUACUGGAUUUCCCGGACGAGAAGGGGUUUCCUUACCAGGAAUACCUGGAGCUAAAGGAGAGAAAGGAGAGCCUGGAAUUACUGCACCACCAACACUGGUGCGCGGAGAAAAGGGAGAUACUGGUGCCCGAGGACCGACUGGUAUUCAAGGUCUGCCAGGUGCUCCUGGUCCAGUAGGUCCUCCGGGGCCUCCUGGUCCUCUCGUUAAUGAAGCUGCAUAUGCCACGGGUAACUUAGGAGUUUCAAUCCCUGGACCACGUGGCUCUCCAGGUUCUCCGGGAGCUCCUGGUCCUCCGGGGCCGCCCGGUCCACCAGGCUUACCCUCAGAGACGAUUUCUACAGAUAGUGGAAGGUACUUUGAAAAUUUCAUGUCUUACGGGCAUCGAGGACCGGUUGGAUACACUGGGUUGCCUGGAGAACGAGGCGCAGGUGGUGAUCGAGGUCCAGAAGGUAUUGUUGGUCCGCCGGGUCCACCUGGUCAAGAUGGCAUACCGGGACUCCAAGGUCUUCCUGGUGUCACAGGACAACCUGGAGCUCCCGGUCUACCAGGGCUACCCGGCAGAAGUGUCUUGGAAGCCGAAGUACGAGAUAUUUGCGCGGCAGUUUUACGGGAUCAAUUGGCACAGAUAACGGAGGGUCUAAUUGGACCUCCUGGUCCACCAGGAGAGUCACGAUCUGGAAGACCAGGCCAGCCAGGAAAACCUGGACCGAAGGGAGAUCGUGGCUACCAAGGUCCUCCAGGCGAUCGAGGCUAUCCAGGAGAAGGCGGAAAUCCGGGUUUACCUGGGGUUCCUGGUGAGCGAGGUGAGCCAGGAUUAGAUGGAAGAGCCGGAAACGAUGGAUUAGGACGAGACGGGCCUCCAGGUCCUCCUGGACCUCAAGGGCCACCAGGUGCAGAAGUUCAAGGUCCUCCCGGUCGUCCUGGCGAGAGAGGAGAAACAGGGAAGUCUGGUAUGCCAGGGCUGCGGGGUCCGCCAGGUAGUCCUGGGGUAUGUCCGAACGAUUGCUAUAUGGCAGCUGUCGCUGCCGCUCAAAGCUUCCGAGCUAAUCAGCAAACAAAGGGGCCAUCAUACUAAUGUGUAAAACAUCACAGCUAUAAACGAAUUAUACGAUGAUAGUCUGCAAUUAUCUAGUUGAUUAAAUGUAGUUAAAACAAUAUUUUAUCUGAACGGUUUGCAGAAAGAACCUGUGCAGUAAAGUGAUAAUCAAUUCAGUCGUAAACAUGGAUUGACCAAUUUCAGGUGUGAAACAGCGGAAAUUGAAAAGCUGCUCUAAAACAAGUUUCACGCUUCUGUAUUGAAGAAAUUUCCUUUACGCACUGGCGCAAUACAGCAUGAACUGGCAAGCUACGACUACCGGCAAAAACACGAAUGGGAGAGAGGAAGAUUACCUACCUCACGGAAUAGUAAUUGGUCAUUUGUUAAGUUCAUUUCCAGUUAUUAGGAAACACCAAUGUCCUAACAAUGUUGAGCAAUAAGAAAUAAUUGUAAAACUGAAACUAACAUCCCAAGUUCAAAAUUAAACACAGUGUUCUUAACGAAACAGUACAUUAAAACAUAAGCUCGCAUGACUAUUUAUGAGUUCGGUCGUACAACCAGCAAUUAAAUAUAAGUUUUAACCGUGCGUUUGCUGAUGUGUAUAUUUUUCAAGUUGCAAUUGUAAACGACCUCUCCUUUCAACUUAUAACAAGCCCUGCCGUUAUAGCAGAGAGAGUGAGCGUGAGUUUGACAAUGAUCAAUCAUAUUUUACGACGGUUUGUUUUUUGAUACAAUUAUUAACAAACCCUGCUGAAAGCAUAUUUUAUCAUUUUUGCAGACAUCGGGUCAAUAUAAUCGUUUGGUAUGAUUGUUU